AUGGCCGACUUGAAGGACAUAUCGACGCCGACUCAGUCACUGCCAGACCAUGGCGAGCCCAGCAAAGCAGACGGGUUGACUUUCGCCAGGCGCGGAGAGCAAGUAGACGAGACCACGGCAGUCAGCGAUGUCUCCGGCUUCGACGCUGAGCGCAUGCGGGCACGGUCACUUCUCACUGCCGCGGAGGAGAAGGCCCUCAUGAGGCGCGUCGACUUCCGCAUCAUGACGAUUUGCUCGCUGUUGUUUCUGAUGAAGAACAUCGACGCCGAUAACAUCUCAAACGCGCGAAUCAUGAAUAAGGGGACUUCUAGGAACAUUAUGACGCAGUUGGGCAUGACCUCGGAUGAGUACAACCUGCUCAACGUUUUGUACUAUGUCCCAUACAUCGUUCUUGAAGCGCCUUCGAACCUGUUGUUGAAGAAGUUCAGACCAAGUGCUUGGCAAUCAAGGAUCAUGAUCUCGUGGGGUAUUGCUCUGCUUUGCCAUGUGCCCGUGAGCAACAAGGGCGGCAUUUAUGCAACACGGUUCAUCCUCGGAGCAUUUGAGGCUGGAAUGUUCCCAGGAGUUAUUCUUCAGAUGACAUAUUGGUACAGACCGGAUGAAAUGUCUAUCCGUCUAUUGUAUUUCUACGUUCUAGGAAAUCUGUCUGGGAUCUUCAGCGGUAUUCUAGCCUUUGCUUUCGACACGGUUUCCGGUAGCAGGGGGCUAUCAGGGUGGCAGUGGCUAUUUCUGGUGGAAGGCCUUAUCACGAUCGUACUGGGAACAGCUGUCUACUUCUUACUUCCUGAUUUCCCACCGACCGCGAAAUGGUUGAGCGACAAGGAAAAGGCCUUCAUACAAGCCCGACUACCAGCGAACGCGCCGAGGGCCGAGGAGAUGAACUUCAAUUGGAGUGAAAUCGUUGACUCGCUUAAGGAUCGUCGACUCUGGCUAUUCACGGCCAUUUGGGCUACUUUCACCGUCGGGACUUCCGGAGUCCGCUUCUACCAGCCAACCGUUAUCGCAAACCUCGGAUUCACCACGAUUGCCAGGGCUCAGCUACUCAACCUGCCGAUCUCCAUACUAGCAAUCUUUGUUAUUGGCGUCACCGGCUUCUUCGCAGACAAGGGUCUCAUUCCAAGGCCCCUGUACCCUCUUGGAGUUUUCGCCGUCAUUCUUGCCUGUUAUGGAGUUCUCGUUGCGUACCCCUCCAACGGCGCCGUAUAUGCUGCGACCCUCAUCGGGAAUGCCUUCACUGCGGCCUUCUUCCCGCUUAUGUGGCCCUGGCGUGUACAAACAACUUCUCGAGCUACAGGAUCUGCGUUCAGUAUCGGGUUUGUGAACAGUUACGGCCAGAUUGGUGGCGCCAUCGGCCCUCAGAUUUUCAGAUCGAAAUACGCGCCGCGUUAUCAAACCAGCUUUGCUGCUGCAAUGGCGUUAGUCGGCUGUUGUGCCAUCAUCACCUGCAUAACGUGGUGGGUUACGAGGAAGACGGAGUCGGAUACUCGUCGGUUGAAGAGAGCAAGAGUUCGCGCCGAGAGGGAAGGGCUAGCUGUGCUUGACGAUGUGGUGGAUCGUGACUUGAACAAGAAGCGUAGCGAUGACGAGGAAAGCGCCUAA